AUGGAUAGGAUAAGUCUGUUGCCUGAUGAGCUGCUCUUGAGAAUAUUGUCUUUACUGCCUAAUACGAAAGAUGUUGUGGCCACUAUGGUUUUGUCUAAACGAUGGCAGCCUCUUUGGAAGUUAAUGCCAAAACUUGUCUACGACGACUAUAGCUAUCAAAACAUUGAGUAUGGAAAGUUUUCGCGCUUUGUGGACAGGUCGUUGAUUCUGCACGAGGCACCAGUAGACACUUUGCGUUUCAAACUUGUUCAAAACUCAGUGCUGCUGAUGUUGUGCAUGAUCAAUAAACUUCCGGCUGCCGAGCCACGUCCUUGUUGGAAAGAACCAAGUUCGGUCCCUGGGUGUUUGUUAUCGAGUCUUGAAACUCUGAUAUGGGCAAACUAUGAAGGAAGAGAAGAAGAGAAACAAGUGGCAGCAUUCAUCUUAAGAAGUGCAAGUUUUUUAAAGAAGGCGACUAUCUCCUCCAAAGCAACCGACCCUUACGAGAAAUUAGAGAUGAUCAAGGAAUUGUCAUCCUCACCGAGGCGCUCACCUACAUGUCAACUCAUAUUUUAUUGA